AUGAGAAGUAUGGCAUUUAGAAGCAGUGCUGGUAUUAGUAUGGGGAUGAGACGCAUGGGUCAAGGUAACAAGAAAAGUUCUAUAUUGAGACAGAUGUCUGGUAAGAUGCAGUAUUCGGGGUAUCAGAAGUUCCCUUUUGAGACCGGGACUAACGAUGAGUAUAUUGCAGAAAGACCUAAUUCGUAUUAUCAGGAGAAGAGACCUGGGUUCAAAGGAGCCACUUACUCAAAACAACAGGAUAUGCCAUCCUUACCGAUUCCGGAGUUGAAAUCGACUUUGGACAAAUAUUUGAAGUCUAUUAAACCGUUUUGUCAGACGGAUGCUGAAUAUGAGAAACAGAUCCAGUUAUGUUACUCAUUUCUUUCAGACCAAGGCCCUGCUUUGCAGGAGCGGUUGUUGAGUUAUUCUCAGGAGCGGAGAAACUGGAUGCAAGAACUAUGGGAUAGUCAGAUUUAUCUUGGCGAUAGGUCACCUGUGGUUCCUUUUGUGUCAUAUUUUUAUGGUCAUAAGCCUUUACCAACUAGUCACCGUGCCAUCGAUGGCGACAUGCUUGUUAAGGCCACGGCGAUUAUUUCUAGUGUGGUGAAGUUCGUGGAAUCCUUGAAAGAUGAAGCCUUGCCAGCAGAAGUGGUGAAGGGCAAACCUUUCUGUAUGAACGGAUUCCAAUAUAUGUUCAAUAAUUCAAGGGUUCCUCAAUUCAAUAUCGAUACGAACCAUUUUUACUCGAUCUAUGAACAUGGCUACUUGACGGUUGCCUACAAGGAUAAUUUUUUCAAAGUUUAUACACACGAUAAAGCUGGGGCAGUCUUGUCCAACGCAGUAAUCUACCAACAGUUGAAUCAAAUUGUCAACCAUUUGGGUUCACAGGGUUCUUUGAUCAAUGCAAACGCUGGAAUCGGUGCAUUGACAACUCUUCCUCGUGAUGAAUGGGCUGGCGCUUAUCAACAAUUGCAAUUAGAACCAGUAUCUUCCUCCUCUUUAGAAACCAUCCACAAAUCCUCAUUCGUCUUAUGUUUGGAUCAGGACACUGCUCCAAUAACUUUGGAAGAUAAGUCUAGAGUGUGCUGGCACGGAGACGGAACCAAUAGAUUCUUUGACAAGCCUUUGCAAUUUUUUGUUACUGGUAACGGUUUCUCCGGUUUCUUGGCAGAACAUUCGAAAAUGGAUGGUACUCCAACUUUGUUUUUAAACCAUUACGUCGUGGAUCAAUUAACAAAAUUGAAUCCUUCAGCGUUCGUCGAGUCCUUACAUUCCAACGUAUCAGCUUACCCUUCUGUGAACAGUGAACAUCUACCAUUUAUAAUUACACCAACCUUGAGAAAUACUAUCGAGAGUGCAAAAUUGCAAUUUAUAACAACAGUGGAACGUGAAGAUUUACGCGUUUGGCACUAUAAUAGGUAUGGUAAGAGAAUUGUGAAAACAUUUAAAGUGUCACCAGAUGCUUACAUUCAACAGGUGAUUCAACUUGCUGUUUUCAAGUAUUUGAAGAAACAACUACCAACGUACGAAGCUGCUUCUACCAGAGCGUUUUUCCAAGGUAGAACUGAAACUGGUAGACCGGUCACUGAAUCCUCUUCCAAGUUCGUUAAAACAUGGGAAUCACCUACUUCUACUACUGAAGAGAAAAUUGCUGCUUUCUACGAUGCUGCCAAGGAUCAUGUUGAAUAUUUGAAGAUGGCCUCUAACGGUGAAGCCGUUGAUCGCCAUUUCUUUGGGUUGAAAAACAUGGUUCAUGAAUCUGAUGAGCCAGUACCUUUGUUCCAAGACGCAUUGUUCAAAUACAGUUCUACUUGGUUGAUUUCAACUUCACAAUUAUCCUCUGAAAACUUUGAAUGUUACGGUUGGUCUCAAGUAUACGAUAAUGGAUUUGGCUUAGCCUAUAUGAUCAAUAACGAAUUUUUGCACAUUAAUAUCACCAACAAACCAGAAGCUUCUGGAUUUAGUGUUGACGAACUACACUAUUAUUUAACUAAGGCGGCAGAUGAAAUGUAUGAAACUUUGUCUCUACACAACUCUGCCAAGGCCAAACUAUGA